UGAUACACCUCUCCUUCCUUGAGCACUGAGCUGCUGCUUCCGGACUUGUACAUGUGGAGGCUGAAGGUGUCGGAGGGCAGCAGCCCACGGUUGAGGUCGGUGAACAACCUCCUCGGGCGGCAAGUGUGGGAGUUUGAUCCUGACCUAGGCACGCCGGAGGAGCGCGCCAAGGUGGAGAAGGCACGCCGGGAGUUUGCCGAGCACCGCUUCGAGCGCAAGCAUUCUAGCGACCUCCUCAUGCGGAUGCAGUUUGCUAAAGAAAACCCUCAGAAGCUAGACCUCCCGGCCGUCAAGCUUGGAGAGAAUGAAGAAGUCACGGAGGAAGCCGUCUGGAACUCUUUGAAACGGGCAGUAAGCAGGGUCUGUAAUUUGCAGGCAGAUGAUGGACACUGGCCCGGGGAUUAUGGAGGGCUUCUGUUCCUUUUGCCAGGCUUGAUUAUAACAUUGUAUGUGACUGGAGUUGUGAACACUGUUCUAUCACCGGAACAUCAGAAAGAGAUACUCCGGUACAUCUAUAAUCAUCAGAAUGAAGAUGGAGGGUGGGGGAUGCACAUUGAGGGCCACAGCACAAUGCUUGGUUCAUCCUUGAACUAUGUUGCUUUGAGAUUGCUUGGAGAGGGUCCAAAUGCUGGAGAUGGAGCCAUAGAGAAAUGUCGAAAGUGGAUUUUAGAUCAUGGAGGAGCCACAUUUACGGCGUCAUGGGGGAAGUUUUGGCUCUCGGUACUUGGGGUAUUUGAUUGGUCCGGUAAUAAGCCGGUGCCACCAGAAUUAUGGCUAUUGCCAUAUCACCUGCCAUUUCACCCAGGUCGAAUGUCAUGCUAUAUCCGAAUGGUGUAUCUGCCCAUGUCUUACAUUUACGGAAAGAAGUUUGUUGGCCCAGUCACACCAGUUGUACUGGAACUGAGAAAUGAACUCUACAAAGUCCACUAUGAUGAGAUUGACUGGAACAAAGCUCGUACGGAGUGUGCUAAGGAAGAUAUGUACAUUCCGCAUUCGUCAGUUCAGGAUAUACUUUGGUCCAUUAUUCACAAGUUUGUUGAACCAGUUUUGAUGCAUUGGCCUGGGAGAAAACUGAGGGAGAAAGCUCUCGCCACCGCCAUAAGGCACAUUCACUAUGAAGAUGAGUGCACUCGAUACAUCAACCUUGGUGCUGUACCCAAGGCAUUAAAUACGCUUGCUUGCUGGGUUGAAGAUCCAAACUCAGUGGCAUUCAAACGCCAUAUUGCACGAGUAUAUGAUUACUUGUGGAUUGCUGAAGAUGGCAUGAAGAUGCAGAUUUACGAUGGCAGCCAAGUGUGGGACACAGGUUUCACAGUUGAGGCCCUUGUGGCUACCGACCUUGUCAAAGAGAUUGGACCAACUCUUAAUCGAGCGCAUUCCUUCCUUAAGAAUUCGCAGUUGCUUGACAAUUGCCCGGGAGAUUUUGAAAACUGGCAUCGCCACAUCUCCAAAGGUGGAUGGACAUUUACUACAGCUGAUGAUGGUUGGCAAGUUUCAGAUUGCACUGGAACAGCAUUAAAGGCAUGUCUACUGUUAUCAAAGAUUUCUCCUGAAAUCAUUAGCGAACCAUUGGAAACUGAGAGACAAUAUGAUGCUGUCAAUUGUCUGAUGUCUUUCAUGAAUGAUAAUGGUGGCUUUUCAUCAUUUGAACGCAUAAGGUCUUACACAUGGCUGGAGUAUAUUAAUCCUUCCGACGCAUUUGGGUGUGUAAUGAUUGAAUACCCGUAUGUCGAAUGUACAUCAUCAUCAAUUCAGUGUCUAGCAUUAUUCAGAAAACUUAACCCUGGGCACCGCAAGGAAGAGGUGGAAUAUUGUAUCAACAAAGGUGCUAGUUUCAUUGAGAGUUCUCAAAGAAGAGAUGGCUCAUGGUAUGGCUCUUGGGGAGUUUGUUUCACCUAUGCCACAUGGUUUGCCGUAGCGGGAUUAAUUUCUGCUGGCCGGACAUUCGAGAAUAGUGCUACGAUCAGAAAGGCAUGUGAAUUUCUCUUGUCCAAAGAGCUUCCUUCGGGUGGCUGGGGAGAGAGCUAUUUGUCAAGUCAUGAUGAGGUUUACACAAAUCUUAAAGGCAAUCAACCUCAUGGUACGCACACUGCAUGGGCCAUGCUGACACUAAUUGAUGCAGGACAGGCUGAAAGAGAUCCAAUGCCUCUGCAUCGUGCAACCAGGGUUUUGCUGAACUUACAAUUAGAGGAUGGAGAAUUUCCACAGCAAGAGAUCAUUGGAGUUUUUCUCCAAACUGCCAUGGCCAGUUACUCCCAGUACAGGAACAUCUUCCCUGUAUGGGCUCUCACAGAGUACCGCCGUCGAGUAUUGCUCGCAGGCAAGAAAUAGGUGUUUGAUUUAAAGUCAUAAAGACAACUCUUCGCGUGUGGGUUACCUUUUACUCCUAGCAGCUUGUACUACUCUCCUUGUAUCUAUCUUUCAUUUACUUUAAACUCUG